AUGGUGACAGGAAGAUCCGGUGGUGGUGGCGGGGGUGGCGGUAAUGGUGGUACCGGUGGUGGUUCCGCCACUCCCAUGUUUCAGGAGUGGUUACAGCAGUUGUCGAAUAGUGGGAAAUUGAAGCCCAAUGAGAACAUUACAGAACAACUGAAGGAAGAAUUAAUGAAAACGUGGAAGGAGUUGGAGGAUAGGUUCAAGGGUACGGAGGCGAAGGAAUUAGCUACUAUCUGCUCUAAGGCUGGGGAAGUGCCGACUGAAGGAAUUGGGAAUGGGCAUCACAGCAUGAAAACCUUCUGUAAAGGUAUGAUGGAAGUUCGAUAUUUCAUAAGUGGCCUGAAGAGUGGAAAUAAGAAUACGGAUCCGGUACAAGUCGAGACCGUCCAAGCUCAUGAAUGGUACCCACGUUGUAUUGUUGGUGCUGCUACCUUGUCUACAAUUUAUGGAGAUCACUGUAAAUUGGGGGACGUCGUGCAAAAAGUUCAGGGGCAGAUGAAUUCAAAAUUGGAGGGACAUAAGGGGAAGGGUGCAGAAUUGGAUAAAUGUAAAGGACUUACAGACAGCGACAUAUUGUUCGGUAAAUCCAUUCUGCGUGAUAGAAUCAGGAGUUGGGCCCAAGCAGAUCGGGGGAGGGCUAAUACGGACCACAGUAAGAAUAGGGCAAUCCAGAGGGUAGGGAGUGUAAUGUUGGAUAGAGAUAAUAUGUGUGGGACGGCGGAGAAACAGCGGAAACAGCAACUGAAGAAUAAUACCAAAAGCAUGACAUCUUUCCUCCGAAUAGGGGACAACGCCGAGGUUGGGAGUAGUGAUUCACGAAAUCUAUUCGACGUCUUAGUGAAUGAUGACUUAACAUUACCACCGGAAACAUUAAACAACAUACUUACCCCAAUAGUGAACACUGCCAGUACUGGUCAAGUGGACCCUCAAGAAAUGAAGACAGCAAUGGAAAAGGUAGCAGAGGAAACUAAGAAAACACAAGCUGAAGCAUGCAUGAAGCAAGACGGUAAGACACUUUGCCAGCGCUUGGAAUGUGCAGAACAAUAUUGGAAAUUGAAUAACAACGGGCAGAACACUCAGAAGGACUUCUGGAAGGAGAGUGGCGGCGAAGUCGCCACAUUAUGGAAUGAAUUGUCAGAUGCCAUGAUAGUAAGAACCAAAAGCACAGAAUGCAAUACAGUGGAUGGUAGUAGAAUUCCCACCGAACCUGAAAAGAAGGCAUGCCAACAUCUUACAACAGGUUUCACCAAACUGAAGAAACUUACAUCGACUGCAUCGAUGGAUACUUCGAAGUACCCAAUCCUGUCUCAACACCCAUCGUUGGGACAAACAGUGGGUUGUUUUCUUCUUAAGGAAUAUGCAAGACGAAUGGAAGAAAAAUCGACUUGUCCUAUCGAUUCCGGUUUAAAGAAAGCUUUCGACACUGCUGGUAAUGGUCUUCUUGGUAAUUGCAAUUGGGGUGAAAAUUUGGACAAUUGCAAUGUGACCACUGGCACAACCUCUGUCACUGUAAAGAACAAAGUGGAUCCAAUACUCGGGGACGAUGAUCUAAGCAUAGAAGCCGUCACUACACACAUGAAUGAAAUGAUGACUUUAUGUGACCAACUCAAAUGCGCCGCACCUAAUUGGUUCAAAGAGCACAAGAAAGUUAACGGUAAUAGUGCAACGACGAAGACUUGGUGUGACUUUUGGAAGGAGGGCGUCGGAGCCGCGCUCCAGAAGAUGUUUUCUGAUAUCCAAACGAAUGGAAAUAACAACACUAAUACCACAAUCUGCCAAAUGUUUGGUGAUGGUAACACUGAUAGUGUUGAAAGAAAAGCAUGUAAUCAUAUCAUAGCAGGUUUAGAACACAUUAAAGGCAUUACAGGGGACACUAAUGGUGCUGUCCAAUCACAUAAUGCGCAGGCACAUGAUAAGUUUUUUAAGCAAUCUAUGAUGUGCGCAGCACUCAAUCUUUACGCAACUAAAAUAAGAGAGGCGUCCAAGGGGAAAUGUCCCAUUGAUGAAUCUAAAAUAAAAGAAAUGUUUGCAGAUUGGCAUAAAAUUAAUAAAUUUUCGCCUUCGUCUUCUUGUUCGAAUGAAAUUUAUGGUUGUUUUAAAUGUCAACGGAAUGAUAAAAUUUUGGAGGGUUGCAAUCUAAGUGUUUCCAACACUUUGAUUAAUACAUCACAAUCAAGUGGAACUUGCCCUUCUGAAGACAACACCAACAGAGAAAAUGUCCCAACUGAAUUAAACAAAUUCCUCAACUACGACGACCCAUCCAAAUCCAUCUCCCAAGUUAAGGAAACAUUAUCCACCAUAAAUGACAUGUCCAACUCUUUCUGUACUCAACUCCAAUGUGCAGCAAAACAAUACGUAAAUAAGAAAAAAGGGCAAAGCACCGAUGUUUCUUGGGAGGAAGUAUGGAAUAAAGUCAAAGAGGAAGUCUCCUCACUUGGCAACGCCAUGUCUGACCAUCAGAACAGCAGUUUAGGCAAUCAUUGCAGUACCCUGAACACCAAUAACAAAGAAUUAUGCCUCCUCUUUGGGGCAGGACUGAAGCAUCUGUACAAUCAUACAAAUGGUAACGGGGACGAUGCUAUGAAGUUGUUUAAACGAACCAUGGCUUGUGCAGCAUUGAAUGUUUAUGCCGAUCAAAUAAUUAAGGAGUCGCAAGAGAAAAAAUGUCCCAUUGCUGAGGAAGAAAUAAAUAAAAUGUUCGAUAAAUGGAAUCAACAGUUUAAAUCUUCAUGUCGGGGGGGUGCUGGCGGUGCUAAUACUAAUGAUUGUUUUGAAUGUAAGAGGGAAUCCACCCUGAGGUGCACAAUAGACAGCGACGAAGUAAAGAGUAAAUUAGACCCUAUGCUCAACAAGGACACAACAGGACUGAAGAAAUAUUUGGGCAAUAUAUGUGGUGGUCAAUGCAAAAACAUGGAUAGUUUAUGUGGUCGUGCACAGUGUGCAAUGAAGCAGUGGUUCCCAGACAGGGGGAAAAACCAAACGGUGGAUAUAGAGAAGACUGAAAUGUGGACCGAAGUCAAGAAUGAAGUCACAUCAUUCGACAAAGCCCUGCCUGACAAUGGGGCCACGGACACCGAACCAGGAAACUUGUGCGCUGCCGUUACAUGCCCCAAUGUUGGUGAAGCGGAUUGUGUGAGCAAAACAACAUGCAAACUUAUUGUUAAAGCAUUGAAGAAUAUACAUGAAAUGAAAGGGGAGGACACAGUUUCUGGACCACGCAAAGUGAAUGAUCGAAUAUUUAAAUCAACUAUGCGUUGUGUAGCACUCAAUGCAUUUAUACACAAAUUGAAGCAACAGGCGUACAGGGGUGGUUAUGCUUGUGCUGUAGAGAAAGGAAUAAAGGAGGCCUUCAAGAAGGGGGAGGAGAAACGUAAGGACUGGUGUGGGGAAAAUAGUAAUGGGGUUGGUAAUGGGGAUGGUUCAUGUGAGAAGUGUGAGGAAAGAUUGUGUUUUGGUACUAAAAUUGGGAAGGAUGAUGAUCUAUGGUCCACAGUAAUGAAUAAGUUAAACACUGACUCCAGCACUGACACCAACAUACAACCAACAUUGAAAAAAAUAAAAGAAAAGGUUACCUUAUGUGAUCGCGUGAAUUGUAUAGCGAAGUGGUACCAUAAAAAAAAGGGACAGGGGAAGGGGGAGGACACUUUUUGGACAAAGGAUGUCAAGGAGCUGUGGACAGAACUGUCCACAGCAAUGACAGCGACAAAAGGCGAAGACACUAAUGGAGGUAAAUGUAAUACAAUGGGAGAUGAUAAUAGGGAAGGAACUCAUUCUGAGAAGACGGCAUGCAAUUAUUUGCAUGCCGGUUUCAAACAACUAUACGAACCGGAUACUUCGUUGUCAACAGGAAACGAUGGUAUCCUAUCUAAGAAAUACCCAUCGUUUAGACAAACGAUGGGUUGUUUUUUACUUCACGCUUAUGCAAAGAAGAUGAAAAGCGACGCCAAGUGUUUAGUGGAAUCAGGAAUAAAGAAGGCAUUUAAGCUUAGUGAUAGUCUAAGUAAAAGUGCUAAUUGCAAAGGCGGUGCCAGUGGCAAGGGACCCUGUGUCCCUUGCCAAUGGGAAGAGACCGACUAUGAGAAUUGCUCAAUUACCACAAAUGGCAAAACUGAGAUUGCAGAAACCAAAGUUCAAGACAUGGUCAAGAACAGCACUUUAACUACCACCAUGAACGACAUAAACAAAACAGAAUCUUUAUGUGACAAGCUCAAAUGUGCUGCACCCAGAUGGUUCAAAAACAAAAAAGGGACUAAUGGUAGCCUUACACAGACUUGGUGUCAAUUUUGGGAUGGCGCUGUUAAAGACGCACUUCAGAAUAUGUUCAACGAUAUCGCUGAAAAGGGAAAGAACAACAAGAAUGCUGCAUGCCAAGGCUUUGGUGAUGGUAAUGAACAUAGUGUUGAAAGAAAAGCGUGUAAUCAUAUCACAGCAGGACUACAACACCUUAAGGACAUUAAGCCUAAUGAUCCAGAAAACCAACUGUUCGAAAGAACAGUUGGUUGUAUUGCUCUUAACAUGUACGCAACUAAAAUAAAAGAAAUGUCUCAAGAUAAAUGUCCUAUUGAUGAGGAAAGAAUAAAACAAAUGUUUAAUGUUUGGAAUAAAAAUAAAAAUUCUUCGUGUUUGACCCCUGGUAGUAAAAAUAAUUGUUUUGUUUGCACAAGGCAAAAGGAAAAUUUUAAUGAUUGCAAACUAAGUGUUGCCAGCUCUUUGAUUAAUACAACAGCACAAUCUGGUUCAACUGCAUCUUGCACUGAUAACGACAGCAGCACCAAUAAGAAUGUCUCCAAAAAAAUGGACGACUUGCUCAAACAGGAAUCUAAAAUGGAAGGAACAUUAAAGGAAAUAAAUGAAAUGGACACUUUCUGUAGUCGUUUACAAUGUGCAGCAAAACAAUACUACAUAAAAAAGAACCCUAAUGGACAAAGCAGCGAAGUGACUUGGAAUGCCUUGAAAGAAGAUAUCGGAAGGGAAUUAACAGCACUUUUAAUUAAUAUGAACGACCCUAAAAAGCAGUUGGCUGCUGCCCAAUACUGCAAUGACGCCAACGUCGCAUGGAAUACUAAGGGCCAUACAGAAAGGCGAACAAAUAAAGCAGCUUGUUUACUUUUUGCUGCAGGAUUAAAGCACAUUUAUAACCAGCAGAAGGGCCAUGUUAAUGGCCCAUCGUUUGGACAAACGAUGGGUUGUUUAUUUCUUAAAGAAUAUGCAAAACAAUUAAAAGUAAUGGCAAAAGUGAAGAAACAAGGACAUAGUUGGGUACAUCCUCUUUGUAGCAUAGAUGAGGGAAUAAAGCAUGCUUUUAGCAGAAGUGAAGAAAUUAUGAAUGCAACAUCUUCAUGCAAAACUAGUGGUACUAAUGAUUGUUUUGUGUGCAAAGAGAACGACGUUUAUGAUAAUUGCAAAAUUGGCCAAGACAAAGUAGGGAGUAAAUCUAAUGAAUUGUUCACAGAAGAUUCCACGAAACAAACCCAAAUGGAAAAAACAUUAGAGAAUACAGUCUGUCCCAUCCUUCUUACGGAUAUCCUUACCCCUUUUGUUCCUUUGGCUCCUGUCUCUAUUGGUCUUUCUGCUAUGGCUUAUUACCUUUGGAAGUAUUUUGGUCCUCUUGGUAAAGGAGGAGCACGUCUCAGAAGAUCUCCUACUGAAAUUCCUGGUUCAUCAGUACAAGAACAGCUCCACGAUCAUGUGCAGCAAGAUAGUUCACAUGAAUAUCGAUUAGUGAAAGAACGCAAACCUCGUUCUGCUCCAACAAGAACAAAGCGUUCUGGUCGCGCGAAUCGCCGCACGAUUAUUGAAAUUCAUUUUGAAGUGUUGGAUGAAUGUCAAAAAGGGGACACACAAUUGAACCAAAAGGAUUUUCUGGAACUUUUGGUCCAAGAAUUCAUGGGAUCGGAAUUUAUGGAAGAAGAACAGGUUCCUAAGGAAGGAGUUCUUAUGGAAGGUGUUCCUUUGGAACUUGUUCCAAUGGAACGUGUUCCAAGUUUAGGUUCCGGGUUUAUGGUUUAG